AUAGGUGCAAUUGAAAGGACUGCAUUUGUUUUUCAAACAUUUACAAAUAAAUGUUCUUACGUUUAUGUAGAAGUGGGUGUUUAAAUUUAGUGCCCACUAAUAGAGUAAGCUUUGCCUGGGAUCAGCUAUAAUGCAAAGCCCCAAAACGACUGCAAAAUCGAAAGAACACCAGUCUGAACACUAGUCUCAGUUCAUUCAAAUCAUUAGUGUGGAGAUACCCAACACUGAUUCUUUUGGCAUCUGAUUGUUUGUAAGCUAUAUGUACUCAUACGUUUAAAGUUUAAAUCUGUACAUACAUUUUGUCAUAACAGCUUUUAACUGCAGUUCACCCCCUCCUUUUUGUGAUCUCACUGAUGUUUUUGUAAACACUAAACAGAUGUACAGUAGGUGUGGAGGUAAUGUGUGGGAGGGAAGGUGCCUUUAAGGAAUGUCAGCGUAUCAGUGGUACAUUCCAUUCCUCCAGUUAACUGACCUACCAGCAGGUCUUCAGUUUCGCUAUGGAAACUGGCACCACAGUUUGGGGGCGAGUUCUACUAAUACUGGAGUUGGGUGGGGUUGGUUUCAGCUGGAAUCACCGGAAACUCUGCAUACCUGCUUCUCACACGUAUACUCUCAUAUUCUUUGCUCUGAUUGGUGUAGCCUAAGGAAUCAUCUUGGUAUGUAAAGUAGCUUAAGUCUAUUGGAGAAUAUAAAGCCUUGGAGAAUUUUGUUAAUAAAUGAUGCCCUAAAAACAUUGGCUAUUUAAAAUCUGUCACUGUUUACAUACUUAGAUGAGACUAAAGUUAAUUUAAGAACAUAUUAUUUCAAGACAGACAGAAAUGUAUAUAGGGUUUUCUUUUCUCUAUAUAAAUCGCAUUCAUAUGAGAACACGUCUUUACAUAAUACAGUCUAUAGAUGACUGAAUGAAAGACGUGUGUUGCUUUCCUCCUCUGCGUCUCAUAUUUGUUUAGUUGGAUGUGGAAUAUAUUUCAUAUCACUAAUGGUUAGUGUUUACUUAAUUUAUAAUAUUUAUACUCAUGCAGAAAAAGGCGUCUUUGUGUUAGUGGAGUUGUUAGAAGUACAGUAUUUAUUGAAGCAGCUCAUCUGUGCUGUACACUCAGGUUUCACAUAAGAAAAAUCCAAUGUAUAGAUCAGUGCUUGGGUCCAAAUUACACUUGGGGAAGGUGUUUGAGGGAAAUAAUUUGUUGAUACAUGUAGCUGGCUAAAUCAAUAUCUAUCAUGCCAGGAACUCACAACUUUCUUAUUGACUAAUGACGGCCAAAUCUGACAAUUUUUUUCUUUGUCUCAUUUGGGUGAACGUGUCAGCGAACAAGACCAGAAUACACCAAAAAUCCAUCAUUUGCACAUUAAGAAUGUUGAUGCUGUGGCAGCCAUUUUUGUCUGAGUUUGAAUAACAGCCCAAGAUGGAGCUGAAGGUCUGGGUGGAGGGCACGGUCAGGGUGGUGUGUGGCCUAUCACUGGAGACUUCCUGUCAGGAUGUGGUUAUCGCCCUAGCACAGGCUAUUGGUCAGACUGGACGAUAUGUUCUCAUCGAGAAGCUACGAGGCACAGAGAGGCAGCUACUGGCCCAUGAAAGUCCUUUAGAAUCUCUGUUCCAUUUGGGUCAGCCAGCCAAUGAGGUCCAGUUCGUCUUACGGCGUACGGGCCCUGCCAGCAGUGACAGAUUCGAUAGGCCCAUCCAUCCUCUGCCCAGGCAUUCAACACCCGAGCCUCCCAGAAACAGAGAGCCGAAGAAGGCCCUCAGCUUUAACCUGGGUCCUUCUACGAUCCGCACAGGGAUUAAAGCUAGCAAGGCAUGGAAACAUAGUCCAAGAGCCUCACCAGAGCUCAGGGCCUCGCCCAAUAUGUCCCUGGUCUACCCCACCACCUCCACUCCAUGGCUCUCUCCGUCAGACUCAUCCAAGGAGGAUAUCUUCAGGAAGGUGUUGCAACAGCAAGAGAGGCUACAGGACCUAGAGGCCCAGCUGGCAGCUUUGGAAAGAGAGGCAGAGGUAUGGGAAAUGGGGAAGCCUGUAACUCCAGUCCAAGGCAUGAUUCCAGACCUAGUGGAACAGCUGGAUGUGCUGGAGAGGUGGCUGAAGCAGAAUGAAGCAGAACUGAUGUAUGAGGAGUACUUGGAGCAGCAGAUACAGAGAGAGGAAGAUAAGGAGCAAGAAUUACACGGACGUUUGCUCCAACUCUGUGUGUCUAUGGACGACAACAGCUUCCGACUCCAAGACCUCCAGGCUAAUUCAUCUAAGCUGGGGCAGGAACUUAAUGUCGAGACCCACAGACAGAGCUCUCAUUCAGGCACUUCGCAGCCUGAUGAGGCACUGGAACCACUACAGGAGGAGCUACACUGCCAAAUUCAGCAGGGGACAGAGCUGGAGAAGUUACUGACAGAAACGGCAAGAGCACUAACGACUGCAGAAGAACAGAUGCAGGAGAGAUGUCAGGAGCUGGAGGAUCUGAACAAGGAACUGAGGCAGUGCAACCUGCAGCAGUUCAUCCUGCAGACGGGUGUUCCCCCAGCUCCCACAUACUCAGAACCACCCCAUCUAGACCAAAAACACCCCUAUCUACCCCCGACCGACACGCCUUACCUCUGCAACACUGGAUUACUCGAGGACAAUGUUACAGUGUGCUAGAAGAUUUGCUAUGCUAACAUGAGUUUCAGGCCAAACUGUUGGGAACAUUUAUAUUAGCCAACCUAACAACUUUCGGGGAACAAAAAACAAAAAUGUGUAUGCUUUGAAAUAGCCUAGAUCCUCCCAGUGUAGCUCUUUGCCUCCGCAGCCCAGAAGACAUUCCAAAAAUCUAAGGAAGUCGCUACACAGUUGGCUGCAGAUUGGGAUAGAGCAGAUUGGGACAGAACAGAUUGGGACAGAGCAGAUUGGGACAGAGCAGAUUGGGACAGAGUAACAUUUACCUCAUUUUGAAAAUGUGCAUUUCAGAGUGACUUACACUAGUGAUCGCUUACAUUUUUGUACUGGUUCCCCAUGGGAAUUGAUACUCGCAACCCUGGUGUUGCAAUGCCAUGUAACUUGCUGACUAAUUCUGUCCCCUCUCCUGGGAACACUGGUGUGGGUUUUGGCAUAUGUGACAGGAAUGAAAUGACAUUGUUGUUCUCAUGUUGACAGUGAAUGCUGGACACAGAGAUGAAGGGUGGUGUUGCACUUUCAUGGUUAGCCAUGUCUUCGAGUUACCAGUGAACAUCUGAAUGUAAAAAGAACACCCCACAUACCCCUGGUUCUUAACCUACUCCACGGGGACUCCCAAACGGGCCAGGUAUUUGACAAGUGGGUUGAGACCUACUGCCCUAGUAUAUAUUGUAUGAUGUAUGUUUAUUUGUCUAUGUAGUUGUGUUUGAUGCAUGCAGGGGCAGUUGUGUAACUCCUUUGUAAGUUUAUUUUUUGUUAUAUCCAUUUACUGUCCAUUACUAUUUAUAUGUUUGAUACUUUUUCAUUCUUCUUCGUAAAGAAGAUUAUGUACUUUAUAUUCCAUACAUUUUCACUGACAUACAAAAGUAGUUUUUAUAAACAAGAAAAUUGUAUUUCUAUAAUAUACAGGUGACUUUUAUCACACUAUGCAACACUCUAAUGUAUCUUAAUAUUAAAAUAUUUUAUGAAAUAA